AUGGCGUCAAGGAAGCGCACCCUUCUCAAAGUCAUUAUUCUGGGGGACAGCGGGGUGGGAAAGACCAGCCUCAUGAACCAGUAUGUGAACAAGAAGUUCUCCAGCCAGUACAAGGCCACGAUCGGCGCGGACUUCCUCACAAAGGAGGUGCAAGUGGAUGACAGACUGGUCACCAUGCAGAUCUGGGACACGGCAGGCCAGGAGCGUUUCCAGUCCCUGGGCGUCGCUUUCUACCGCGGCGCCGACUGCUGCGUGCUGGUUCACGACGUCACCUCCUCCAAGUCCUUUGACAACCUGGAGAAUUGGAGGGAUGAGUUCCUGAUCCAGGCCUCCCCCGCCGACCCGGAGACCUUCCCCUUUGUGGUGCUGGGCAACAAGAUCGACGCCGACGGCGGCAAGGCCCGCCAGGUCAGCGAGAAGCGGGCCAAGCAGUGGGCCGCCGCCAAGGGGGGCAUCCCCUACUUUGAGACCAGCGCCAAGGAGGAUGUGAAUGUGGACACCGCCUUUGCCACCAUCGCGCGGAACGCGCUCAAGAACGAGACCGAGGAGGAGAUGGCGGGGCCUGUGCCCGCGAGUCUCGUGGUCGAGGGCAUCCAGUAUGCCACAGGGGUAGGGAUCGCACUGGGGAUCGCGCUGUCCAGUCUGCCCAUCCUGAGUGGGGAGGCUCGAGAGGCCAACGAGCGGCGGUACCUGCAGCCCACCGAGGAGGAGGAGGCCAACAGCAUUCGGUGGGGGGUGAUGAGCGUGCUCAGCGUCAUCCCCUACCUGAGCCCCCUGGCCUGGGUCUUUGCCGGACUGGACGACGAGACAUACAGCUCCCUCUACUAUGUGUAUGCCGCGCUCUAUACCCUGCCGUACCUGACCAACGGCCUGCAGCUCAACUCCUUUGUCCUCCUGUCCAUCGCCGCCGGCAUCGCACAUGUCCAGAUUGAGCGGCUGGCGCUGACAGAGCCUGUGGAGGUCGAGUUCCCGGAGACGGCCGGCUGGCUGGCCCGCCAGGGCUCCAACCUGCUGCGGGGCCUGCUGAGCUCGGGGCUGGAGGUCAGCGAACGCGUGUCUGACAAGGCGGAGCGCGCACAGCAGGCCAGCACCGCCAGACCUGACAGGAAGGAGCUGGCCGAGAAGUCUGCGGAGGCGCGGGCGGAGCUGCGAUACUUUGACAGGAAGGCACAGGACGCAGAAUCGAGAAAGCGGCCCGUGCCCGAAUCCCUGCGCCGCGCCAAGGACAGGAGCGAUCCUCGACCCAAGUGA